GAAUUCACCAAGUUCCUUUAUCACUACUCCCAAAUGUCUUCCAUAGGCCCACAAAUUCCUGCACACCUCCUUCCAGCCGUUUCGUCAGCCGGGGAUUCUGACGAAGACGACGAUUACACACCGGCUCUGCCACCCGACCUUACUGCCUCCCGCACAGCUGGGCCUUCGUUGCCUUCAAAGAGCGAAUCGCAUACACCACUUCCAAAACGACACUAUGUAGGACCAUCGUUACCUCACUCACACACUCCUUACGAUGAUGACUCGGAUUCAGAUGUUGGGCCUCAACCACUUCCUGCAGCUUAUGCUUCACAAAUAGAAGAAAAGUCAGGCGCGGAAGAGUUCAGGGAGAGGGAGGAAAGGAGAAGGAAACUACAGGAAGAGGCGAGCAAGCCGAAAAAGCUUCAGCGGGAAGAGUGGAUGCUUGUACCUCCAAAAAGUGGCGACUUAUUGGCAUCACUUGACCCGACGAAAGCCAGGCCUCGUCAGUUCGCACGUAGCGCUGCACCAUCGCGUGACAAUUCUGGAUCUUCCCUUUGGACCGAGACACCUGCAGAAAGACAGCAACGUCUUGCUGACGAAGUUGCCGGACGGAAACGACGUGCUGCAAACGCACCGCCGGAGGAGGACUCGCAUGACACGGCGAAGCGGCGGAGACGGGAUGAAGAGAUUCGCAGAGGAGUUGACGAGCACACACGCAAGGCUCGCGGUUCAGCCCUUGUAGAGUCACAUCUAGAGCGAGAAAAAGAGGAAGAGAAUCACAAGCAGAGUGAACCAUCGGUUAUCUGGGAUCAUGAACGUGAUAUGUCUCUAGGUGGACGGCUUAUGGAUGAUAAACAGAGGCAGAAGAUGCUUCGGGAUGCCAAAGGACUAGGAGAACGUUUCGGUAGUGGGCGCAACGGAAGUUUUCUGUAAGUUCCUGACCCUGCCAAAGACGCUGGAACCCGUUACAUCAACAUCAUCAACCCGAGUUUCGGAGCAAUGCACUGUUGGGUUGCAGACGAGGGUUCGGGAAGCUGAGCUCAGACGUAUGAUGCCACUAUCAUUCGAACAUAUAUUUCAUCUCCAUUGCAUGCUCAGUCUUAUGGUCGGAUUAUUUAUGUAAGUAUAUCUAUCCAUCUUUCCCUUCACCAUCUAGUCUGUCUGUCUUACUUCUGUGAUUUUUUGUUCGUAAAAUUCAUCUAGAUCAGAUUACCGUACCUGCGAGGAAAUCAUUUGAAGGUCUUUUCGGCUUUCUCUUUGAAUAUAUAAUGUUUGUAUCGAUUAUCUCUUCUGACGAUGUUCCAUGGGCUGCG